CCAGUCCAGUAGGGGCGCUACCGAACCUGUGAACCAACCGGAUCCGAGAGGAGAAGACCGUCACUGAACCUCUUCUACCAUGGAGGUGCUGCGAGUGUUGGAGUUGUAUAGUGGUAUUGGAGGGAUGCAUUACGCCUUAAAAGAAAGUGGUAUACCUGCCCAGGUAGUGGCUGCCAUUGACAUAAACACCACAGCCAAUCAAAUAUACAAGCACAAUUUCCCAGACACCCCCAUCUGGAACAAGACUAUUGAGGGAAUAACGUUAGAAGACUUCAAUAAGUUGUCUUUUGAUAUGAUUAUGAUGAGCCCGCCUUGCCAGCCUUUCACCAGGUUGGGCCUUCAAGGUGACAUUUCUGACCCCAGAACCAAGAGCUUCCUCUACAUCCUCGAUCUUCUUCCCAGGCUUAGCAAACUCCCACGCUACAUCCUUUUGGAGAAUGUGAAAGGUUUUGAGAGCUCUUCUGCCAGGGAAUGUUUGGUAAAAACAUUGAUGGAAUGUGGCUACGACUUCCAGGAAUUCAUGCUGUCACCAUCAAGUGUUGGGAUUCCGAAUUCAAGACUGCGUUAUUUCCUUAUUGGCAAGAUUUCCACAGAGGAGUUGAGCAUUCAGACCAGUUCAAUGGUUCCCUGUACCCCUCCACCUUUUGCUGACUCUUCAGUCCUGACCUGCACAUUUCCACAUCCUGGCCAACCUGCUAAGGAAGAACAUAGUAGUCACGUCUUGUAUAAACGUGAGACGCCAUCAGAUGUUCAGAGGAAGACGAAUCAGAAUAAUGACCUGUCUAUCAAGCAGAUACGAGACUUUCUGGAACCACUGGUGGAAGAAAACAUGGAACGCUUUCUCCUUUCUCCUAAAACAUUAUCGCGUUAUGGUCUUCUUUUGGACAUUGUUCAACCCAAAAGCAGAAGGUCUGUCUGCUUUACCAAAGGCUAUGGACGGUACGUGGAAGGAACUGGCUCAGUGCUUCAAUGCUGCAUGGAAACAGAGAUGGAAAGUGUGUUCACAGGUCUGGACCAGCUGUCAGAGCAGGACAAGGUUGACCAGCUGUUAAAACUGAAACUGCGUUAUUUUACUCCUAGAGAAGUAGCCAACCUCAUGGGCUUCCCUGCUGAUUUCUCUUUUCCACAGGAUGUCUCAGUCCCUCAGCAGUACCGAGUCUUAGGAAACAGCCUCAAUGUUGUUGUGGUGACUAGACUUCUGCAGCUGCUGCUCUCUGAACACUUUGGACAUUCUGCAGGAGAGCAACUCUUUGCUUCUGAAGGUUCUGUAGGUAGUUCCCUUCUGUCCAGCAGGUGUUGAAGAUCAGGACAUAUUUUUUAUCUUUUAUUUGUGAAGCCAUGUUAUGUAUAUUACAGACUGCUAGUAUCAAUUUAGUAUUAGCACUCUGAAUUACACAUACAUGACAUAUAUAUGCCAUUAAAAGUGAAGGUUUGCUGUUUUCUCAUCUUCUAUUGAGGGAUGUCUCUCAUUUCUACUUUGUGCCUUCAUGUUUGAGUCAGAAAUAAUGUUUUUAUCCGUUUCAGUGCUGUAGAAAUGUCAAACUACCAAAGUAAACCACAGAGUAGCUGAGAUUCUCAUCAUCACUCACUUGUAAAUGAAAUCUUUGUAAGAACCUACACCUGCAGUUGUGUUUUACGUUUUAAGUGAGAUGUGUGCUGAGAAGCCUCAUCUGGUUGCGGGUGUCCUUCACCAAUCUCAAGACCUGGUUAACCUUUACCAAGAUUUACAGCUGAAACGAGCCAUUAGGUAGCAAGAAACCCAAGAUUUACAGCUGAGGAAAUGAAAGCGGUGUGCCCAAACAAAUUUUGUGUUAUUAACCACAUUUAUGGGGGCGAUGGUUUUGCUUUCUAAAACUGAAAAACUCCAUGAAAGAGUGGGUUGAAAAUAAAGCCUUUGUCUACAACUUUGAGGGUUUCCUGUUCAAAACAAAUAUUAUGAAGUUAUUAUCAAAUGUAAAUGAUCUGAUUGUAUUUUUGGGCUUUGAUAUAACAAUAAAAAUAGUUGAUUCAUA